AUGGAGCGCCCCUUCCUAGUUUGCGGAGUAGAUUUUUGUGGUCCAUUUUAUGUGUCCUUAAAGAUCCGCGGUAGACCUCCUAUCAAAACUUAUGUGGCCGUUUUUGUGUGCUUUUCGUCAAAGGCUGUUCACCUUGAACUUGUUGUCGACCUAUCCACUGACAGCUUCUUAUCCGUCUUUAAAAGGUUCGUCGGGAGGAGAGGGCUGCCGGAGAAAGUGUACAGCGACAACGCCACGAAUUUCGUCGGAGCGUGCAACGUGCUGAAGGAGCUCAGCGAAGCGUUUCACCGCAGUCGGGACGAGCUGAGCGGAUACGCGGCUCAGAGCGGCGUCGAGUGGUGUUUCAUACCGCCGAGGUCACCACACUUCGGAGGACUGUGGGAAGCAGCCGUCAAAUCCGCCAAAACCCGGUUGCUGCGAGAAGUCGGCAACGCCAAGCUCACGGCGGACGAGUUGAGCACCCACCUGGUCGAGGUAGAUGCGCUGCUCAAUUCGCGUCCAAUCGCGUCGCCGGGCAACGAUCCCAACGAUGGAGAGGCCCUAACACCAGGACACCUACUAAUGGGGCAGCCUCUGAUCACGCUGCCGCAAGAAUCCGGCACAGGAGGAGUGUGCAGCAAGGCCAGUUGCGCAUAUUUGAAGCGGUGGCGAAUGCUGUCCGCUCUCAAGCAGCAGUUUUGGGACAGCUGGUCCAAGGAUUACAUCGCCAGCCUGCAGCAGCGCAACAAAUGGAGCGUCGGAUGCCGCGAUCUGGAGGUCGGUUGCCUGGUGGUCGUCCACGAGGACAACGUGCCCCCGCAGCGGUGGCUAACAGGCCGCGUGGUGGCAACAACAGCAGGCGAGGACGGUAGAGUGCGCGUGGCGGAAAUUCGGACGUCAGGAGGCGUCAUCAAGCGCGCCAUCCACAAGCUGGCAUUGCUGCCAGUGGAUACUGCUCCUGUUGAGAAGAUGAAAGAGCCGGAGGCCUUUAACGGGGCCGGAAUGUCGGAGCAGUAA